CAUUUUAAGUUUUUUAAUAUGGGCAAAACAAACUACAUUACAUUACAACAAACAGUUUCUGAUCACUGGAAGCGGCGUGAAGUCCUGCCUGCUGGACUGAAGAGUCAUGGCCUGGUGCCUUUUUCUCUGCAUUGCACUCAGAGUUGGGGCUGUUGAUUCCGACAGGCCGGGCGGCAGCAGGGAGGCUGCGGCUGCCCAGCCCUGCCGUCGCUCACCGGCAGCUCGCACCGCACAACGGCCGCAGGUGGAGCACAGCCCCAAGGGAAAACGCCGUCGUUGCAUUCCCGGCCUUCCUCCUGCCUCGCCGAAGGCCGCGGGACCCAGGCGCAGCCAUGGAGCGGCGCCGGGUGCCGGCACAGGCCGGGCCGGGCUGCGGCAGGCCCCGGCACAGCAGCAAGAGUCGGUCCAGGGACGGCCGCGACAGGAGCUCGGCACCGGCGAGGGCCGCGGCCGCGCUCUCUCGUGGCCAUCCCCGGGCCUGGGACAGCUCAUCCCGGCAGGACCGGGAGCCGCCCUCGGGCACGGGGCUGCCCGGGGAGCUGGACCGGCGGUGCUGGAUGGCGCUGCGCUGCGAGCCCCUGCCGCCGCGCCCGGCCCGCCCAGCAGAGAACCAGUCCCACGGUGCGCUGUUGGCAAAAUCAGAGGAGUCGCUGGUGAGGAGAGAGGCAGGUGGACAUCCUCCAGCACCUUUUCUGGAUGGACAACGAUACUAUGAAAAGGGAUUGUACAAAGAAGCAUUAAAGCAAUUUGAAAAAAUCAAGGAUACAGAUUUUCAAGCAAUGUAUCAGCUUGGUGUAAUGUAUUAUGAUGGACUUGGCACUAAAAAAGACCCUGAAAGGGGAGUGGAAUACAUGAAUAAAAUACUCAACUCCGAUUCCCCAGAAGCAAGUCACUUGAAGUUUGCAGCUGCAUACAAUCUUGGCAGGGCAUAUUAUGAAGGAUGUGGUGUUAAACAUUCAACUGAAGAGGCUGAAAGGUUGUGGCUUACUGCUGCAGACAAUGGGAAUCCAGAAGCAAGUGUAAAGGCCCAGAGUGCUUUAGGAAUGCUUUAUUCUAUGCCGUUUCUAAAAAAUCUGAAGAAGGCCUUUUUCUGGCAUUCAGAAGCAUGUGACAAUGGAAAUCUGGAAUCAAAGGGAGCACUUGGCAUUAUGUAUCUCUAUGGACAAGGUACACGUCGAAACAGUACAGCUGCUUUGGAGCAUUUGAGAAAAGCAACAGAACUUGGAAACAUCUAUGCUCAAGGCCAUCUUGUGGAAUAUUACUACACCAGAAAAUUUUACUCAAAAGCUGCUGCACUAGCCAAAAGGGCUACAGCAAAUGAUGACAUCAACAUGCUAGCCAAUAGAACUGAUUGUCAUCCAAUGUAUAUAGCCAAGGGGGCUGCUAUGGCUGCUUUCUAUUUGGCUAGAUGCCUCCAGCUUGGCCAAGGCACAGAGAAAAACAAGUGUGCUGCUGCAAACUAUUAUUCUAAAGCAUGCCAUCUGGAUCCUGCAGUUGCUUCUCACCUUGAACUGGCAGCUAAUCUUGGGAGAAUUUAGUGUUUCUUUUCACUGUAACUGGUAUAUAAAUAUAUCUUCUACAAUAAACCAUCAUUAAUCUCCAGCAAUUAUAGAUUGUUCAUCACUUACUACUUGCCUUUCAACUUUCUAUAAAUUAUCAUUUAAAGCAAUUCACUGAUUCAUUUUAUCUAAAAUAAAGAGAAAGUAAAAAGCUCAUACUAUCUUUAACUCAGAUGAAGCCAAGACAGAUUUUUUUUAAAUCAUAUUGAAGACUUUAGGUUUAUUAAGGACAUUUCACUGGGACAGAUUUAUUUUCUUCAUGUCAUAUUGCUACAUAGCACAUUAAUCAAAACAAAACCAAAUAAAGAUGGUUGUUUCCUUUUUGUAUCUAUAAUAUUUAAAUUUUAAUAUUCUGAAAAGCUUGAACCCAAACUUGUCUAAUUUUCACAUACAGCCCACUCACAGGCCACGGCCAUUUUUAAAGCUUAAUUUGUUAGUGGUGCUUGUACCUCCUUCCACAUACUUUCUACAGCAUCUAGAUUUACUUAAAAGUCUUUAUACGUAUUACUUUUGGAUUGCAGAGAUUCAAAGUUGAAAACUGUCCAGUAGAACACCAAGCUUUACAAUUCAAACCA